AUUAAAUCUAAUUUAAUUCGAAACACACUAUAGUUCACAUCAAUAGUUCAAUAGACGAUAGCGUGGAAUUAGCGGUCGAGGUUACACGUCAAAAAUUCGCGCGCUAAUCGAUUUCAAUUUUAGACGCGUCGAUGUUUUGGCAAAAAAGAAAUCGUCAUUGAAAGUGUUUUACGCGGAAUCUAAAACGGUAUUCAACCAGUGUUUAUGCCUACCUUAACGCAUUUUACUCUAAAAAAAACCCAGAGGAUCAGCUAUGGUAAGCACCACCAAAGAAAGGAUCAUUGUCUGCGUUCGAAAAUGAUACAAAAAAAGCAGACUGUCCAAAAUAACGCCUCUCGAUGACGUCAUUGGGAUCGCCGGCGUCGGCGCACCACGAGUUUGCAUUCGCCUUGCAUCAGCCAGUACCGCGGCAGCCAUUCGCGACGCCAAACGUUAUAACUGUCUGUGCGAAUUCAAAACAUUCCAAAUUUUGACAAAAUGACCAAACCGAUUCCCUACAACACGUUUCCUAAAGAACCUAACGCCAGGGAACAAUGGAUUGACGUGACAGGUAGAGGAAACUGGAAACAAAGGUUAUCGUCGACUUCUAGUUUGGGCAAAAAAUACUGUCACUGCCUUCCACUGAGGAUUUGUUGCUUCAUCCUUGGUUACCUGACCAUGUUCACCAAUGUCUGCAAUACCGGGCUGUUGUUUACUCUGACCACUUACAUUGGAGCUGAUACCAGUACCUUACCCGCCCUGCAGUCCUCGGAGACGCCCCUCAUCAGUGGGAUCGAAGUCGUGCUUCUGAUGACAGUAAUAAAUGCUGCAUGGUUGCUUGUCAACAUCGCUUGUGUGGUCGGACUACACAGGAGGCGACCUGGUAACAUCAAGUUCUACGUCCUCUUCGCAGCCUGCCGCCUCGUCCUGGUCUUUGCUGGGCUAGUGUACCUGACAAUAACCGUCAGGAGUCCAGCUUUAAUGUUACACCGCUUGGACAUUGUUGUAGCAUCUUUCUUCAUCAUGGUGUACAAUACCUACGCCAGACAGCUGGAGAAUGAGAAGCAGCAAAUUCAAGCCCGACCUGAAAACCAGAUCAGGGACGUCUCAUUCAUCGAUCCUCGCACAAUGGACGACAAGAAACUCAUUCUGACUUAAUUUACUAUUUUUAAGGCCACUGUAACAAAAAAAAGUGUUUUUCUACUAUUAUUAUUAAAAUACUGAAUAAAGUACAAAAGUAAGACGGA